AUGUCGCAUCCAAGAAUAGAAGAGGUGUCCGACAGCGACCCGGACAUGGUCUCAGACCCUGAAGAGAUUGACAUUGACGAGUUUGACGAUGCCGACAUUAUGCGCCGAGUCGAGCCCAAAGCCACCGCCGCCGCCGCCGCCCCCUCCCUCUCCAACGACGCCGCCUCGCAGCAGGCCCUGCAGCAGAUGAUGCUGGACCCCAGCAACACGCGCUCCGUCGCCGCCGACGAGCGCGCCUCGUACGCCGGCUACCAGAGCCUGUACCCGGUGUACUUUGACGCCUCGCGGACGCGCGCCCAGGGGCGGCGCGUGAGCGCCGCCCUCGCCGUGGCCAACCCGCUCGCGCGCGAAAUCGCCAACGCCUGCUCGCGGCUGCGCCUGCAGACGGUGCUCGAGCCCGAGAAGACGCACCCCAAGGACUGGGCCAACCCGGGCCGCGUCAAGGUCGCCCUCCGCAAGCCCGCGGCGCAGCACACCAUUGCCAACAAGCACCACCUCUUCGUCCUCGUCGCCCAGCACCUCCGCGAGAACCCCACGACGGAACGCUCCCCCGGCCUGCGCGUCCGCAUGGGCGGCCAGAUCCAUCCCCCAGAGGACAAGCCGUACCCAAAGCCCGCCGCGCCCCGCGGCUGGAAGGUGAACGAGUACGUGCCGUACAUGAGCGCCGCCAUGACCGGCGGCGGCGUCUCGGAGAACAUCUUCAAGGACAUCAUGAAGGAGAUGCAGGGCGGCGGGGAUCCCAUGGCCGCCCUCAUGGCGAGCCAGGCGGGCGGCGCCGGCGGCGCAGACGAUGGUGCCAAGAAGAAAAAGGAUAAGAAAAAGGGCAAGGCGUGA